UCAAUCAGGAAGUAAAUCUCGGAGGAGAAGGAGGAGCCAAAAAAUAUCACAGUGACUGUUGAGUUCUGCGUCUCUUAAAAACACGAAGGAGCUUUUUAUUUCCCCCACUCUCUUUUCUUUUCUUUUUUUUUUUUUUUAUCUUAAGCUAAAUAUGUCACGAAAAGCCAAAGAGGAGUAUUACCGGUUCUUUUCUGUCACAGAGCCACGCGCACAUGAGAAAGGACACACGGAGUACAAAGUGUCUGCGAGGUUUGUGUCCAAGACUCACCCAGAAGAUGUGAAGGAGGUGGUGGUGUGGAGGAGGUUCUCAGAGCUGAAGAAGCUCCACGGCGAGUUGGCUUACACACACAGGAACCUGUUCAGGCGACAAGAGGAGUUUCCACCUUUUCCCGGCUCCCAAGUCUUUGGCCGAUUUGAUGAGGCUGUGAUUGAGGAGAGGAGGAAAGCUUCAGAGGUCAUGCUUCAGUUCACGACUAACAUACCGGCGCUCUACAACAGCCCGCAGCUCAAGGACUUCUUCAGCGGCGGGGAGGUCACGAGGCCUCUCGAUCCUUCCCCUCAGUCCGCCUCAGGUCCUCUGCCUCCGCCGCUCAUCCCCCUCCCCAAGCGACGGGCUUCCGACUGUGAGCCAGCAGAAGAGGAGGAGGGCAGGGAGGCUCCCAUUUUACCCCAGGACCUGGGCUCCAACCUCUGUCGAGAAGUGGGUGAGCCGGAGGUGGCAGCUGAGGCGUAUAGUGAGAUGGGAGGCUCACCAGCAGAAGAAACGAGAGACAAGCUCAGUGAUACAGUGUUGGAUCACAGAGUCCCUCCUCCUGAACCUGUUUCAGCUGGAACCCACCAAACACAAGAGUCCCAGGUGGAGAUUGAUUCACUGUUUGACUCUAUGGCAGAAAACUAUGCCCAUUCCUCGAGGGAGGAAGGUCCACCGCCACUCUCUGAAAAUGACUUGGCUGUUUUUGAUCCCUGCUAUACGCAAGCUCGAGCCAUUUCCUCCAGUGACCACUCAGAAUUGUUCUCACUGUCGUCGCUCAGUCUGAGCGAAGGCGAGGCCGGAUAUUUGAGCCAAGCAUCAAAUGAGCUAACGGUUGCCAUGGAGCGGGAGAAGGAGGGAGAAUUUAGCUCUGCCAUUCACGGAUACAGGACAGCAGUGGACAUACUGAUCACUGGAGUAAAGGGAGAUACAGAUCCCGUACGCCGGGAGUGUGUGAUGAAGAGGACGGCUCAGUACCUGAAACACGUCGAGAUGUUGGUUGACAAGCAUUCGUCACCGACACACUCCGACAAACCUACACAUGCACAAGACCCGUAGACCCACACAGUCAGACUGUAGCGCAUACUCAUGACAAGCGAAGGUGACACAGUUCUCCAAACAGCACAUGCUCCUCUGGACCAAAACAUUUGCAAAUACAAAUUCUCUGCAUACUUUUAAGGUGUGCGCAGACUGUUAUGAUAGCUGUGUUUGAUUAAUAAGAAAUCUAUCAAGUAAAAAAAACAGUACCUCAUUGUGAUCUUGCACGAAUAACGUAAAAUCUAAACACUUAUUCUAUUUAAAUCUUUGCUUUGUACGAUGUUUUGUUGUUGCGCACAUGAAUCUGUUUUUAGUGAAUAAUUUGUAUUUUGCAGAAGGAAUAAUUUUGUGAAUAAAUGAGAUUUUAAGUGA